GAAUUCUUGAAAGUUUCGGUCUUUUCUCCUUGCUUUUAGAUACUGCUUUUUGGGUUUUGCAUCCAACAAAACUAGAGAGAAAAAAGUGCUUAUCUUGGGAAGUGAUACCUGGUUGAAUUUAUUUGGCAGCCAUGGAUUGUUCAUCAUGGAUUAACACUUCCUUGGAUCUCAACAUUAAUCCUCACAAAGUUCAUGAAGAAAUUCCCAAGGAGGUGGAAAGCAAGCUUUUCUCGUUAGGUAUGACCAAGUUUUCUGAGGAAGAAGAGUCCACUAGUGACUUGGAGGAGGAACUGAAGAGGGUGACUGCAGAAAACAAGAAGUUGGCUGAAAUGCUCUCAGUGGUGUGUGAAAACUACAACACUUUGAGAAGCCAUUUGAUGGACUACAUGAGGAGAAAUCCUGAGAAGGAGCAAAGCCCAUCUUCAAAGAAAAGGAAAUCUGAAAGCAGCAACAACAAUAGUAAUCUGAUGGGAAUCAACAACGGAAAUUCAGAGAGCAGCUCUACUGAUGAAGAAUCAUGCAAGAAGCCCAGGGAAGAAACCAUCAAAGCAAAGAUUUCAAGAGUUUAUGUCAGAACAGAAGCAUCUGAUACAAGCCUUAUUGUGAAAGAUGGAUACCAAUGGAGGAAGUAUGGGCAAAAGGUGACCAGGGAUAACCCAUGUCCAAGAGCCUAUUUCAAAUGCUCUUUUGCUCCAAGUUGCCAUGUCAAAAAGAAGGUGCAAAGAAGUGUGGAUGAUCAAUCUGUGCUUGUUGCUACAUAUGAAGGGGAGCACAAUCAUCCUCAGCCUUCUCAAAUGGAGGCAACAUCAGGUUCAGUGCCUUGUGCAGGAUCUCUCAGCACUUCUGCUCCAACAGUUGUUACCCUUGACUUAACAAAAUCUAAGUGCAGCAACGAUUCCAAGAGUACAAAACCUAAAGUACCUCAGAAUUUGGUUGAACAGAUGGCUAAUUCUUUGACCACGGAUCCUAAUUUCAGAGCAGCACUCGUUGCUGCCAUCUCAGGAAGAUUGUUGCACAAGAAUUAAAUGGAAAUUUGGUAAAGUGAAGCUAAUUUAGUUUCAAUUGUUAAGUAUUCCAUAAAAUAGAUCAUUGUUUAGAGGUUAGAGCAAGGGAUCACUAUAUGUAUAUACAACGUAGAAGGGUGGGACAUAUUUCUCAAUUUGAUCCUUCAAGUGGAAAUAAGUUCCACUAAGGAUAGUAUCUUGAGCUGAUUAAACAAUAGAAAAUCAAGCUCAGUUCACUCUGCUCCUCCCAUAUACUUCAUCAUGGUAAGGAUCUAGCUAGCCUUUAUCGGCCAAAAAAUCUAGGAUACAUCAAUUAGUUUCCCGACUAAGUUCUUGCAAAAAUUCUCUGAAAGAAAUGAAAUUCUUUCAUACAGUGCAUUUCUCAUGGCAAUUGGAUUUCUCCUUUCUUUUCUUUUAAUUCUACUACUUUCUCUGGAAAGCCAACCUUGUAUCUCAAUGUUGAAUGUACAGGCUCAGCUUCAGCUUUAGAUUUUUCAUUUUAGAAAUUAUGUUACAGAUCCAUCAAAUAUUGUAAGUGAUGGAAUAUUACUCAAAACGCAGAAGAAAAGAAAAAGCAUCUGUAUGAUGAGUUUUCAAUUCAAUGGUUGAUAUUUUGAGCAG